GCAUUCCAAUGCCUGACUACCCUUUCCGAAAAGUAAUACUUCCUUGUAAGAAAGCAGAUAAAGAAGUAAGCAAAUUUAUGUACAAUUUCAGGUCUUGUGACUCCUAUUUUGAGGAAAUAUGCGAGAUAAAAGCACGCAAUGCAUCCCUUAUGGAUCCCUUAUGGAACUCCAGGAAGAUAUAUGGAUUCUCCUGAGGAUAAAACUUCAUCUCCUGAAGGGUCACGGCAGGGUUGAAGUAGCACCCGCCUCCCUCCCCGCCAUGGCGCCGCGGGCGCACGCUCCGCCACCUCUAACCCGGGAAGCGGAAGGGACGCAAGAACCAGCUGAGCAGCCGGGACGGGACUUGUUGAGCACGCACAUCGUCAUCCAUCCCCGUGGCGCUGCAAGAAGACGCACCUCUGACAGCCCCCACCCCAGCACACUUCGGGUUGGAACAGCAUCAGCAGCCUCCAGAGAACUUAUCAACUCACUGCAGUUUAAGAGUAUUGCUGCUUUGGGAAGAGCAUGACUGCAUCAUGACUGCAACCAGUAAUUCCUCCCUGUCACGACUGCAGGCUGUGCAUGUGCCACAUUCAGCUCUAGCAGUACAUACAGGUCUUUUGCCCGCUGUUCUGUUGUUAAGACUAUGGUGCUGCGGUCCUCGUUCAAGAGCUGCCUGCCGCUGUCUUGCCUUCUCAGGACCCCCAGAGCUGGCUUUGGAGGCACAGCUAGCGGGGGGCUCAUCAUCCAGUCUCUGUCUAACAAUGUUUACCAAAAUCUAGCUGUGGAAGACUGGAUCCAUGACCACAUGAAUUUGGAGAACCGGCAGGUCCUUUUCCUGUGGAGAAACUCCCCAGCUGUAGUAAUAGGAAGACAUCAGAAUCCAUGGCAGGAGUGCAACCUCCAGCUGAUGAGGCAAAAGAACAUAAAACUAGCCCGGAGGAGGAGCGGGGGUGGGACAGUAUACCAUGACUUAGGCAAUAUCAAUUUGACUUUCUUCACAACCAGGAAAAAAUAUGAGCGAAUGGAAAACUUGAAACUAGUUGUGAAGGCACUGAAAGCCUUGCGGCCGCAGUUAGAUAUCCAUGUCACUGACAGGUAUGACAUCUUGCUAGAUGGGCAGUAUAAAAUCUCAGGUACUGCUGCAAAGCUGGGGCGGACAACUGCGUAUCACCACUGUACCUUACUCUGCAAUGCCAAUAAAUCUGUUUUAUCUUCUGUACUGAAGAGUCCUUAUAAAGGACUGAAAAGCAAUGCCACUCCUAGUGUACCUGCCUCAGUGAAAAACCUCUUUGAAGAGGAUCCUAGCUUAACUUGUGAGAUGCUGCUGGAUGCCCUCGCUGAAGAAUAUGCCACGCAGCACAGAAUAGAUCAUCACAUCACCUUAAUAAAUCCAACUGAUGAGACUGUGCUUCCUGGAAUCAAUGAUAAAUCUAAAGAACUGCAAACCUGGGAAUGGGUGUAUGGAAAGACACCGAAGUUCAGCAUUAGCACAUGUUUUAACAUGGUUUAUAAAGAUUCCGUUCUUGAUGUUAAAGUCAACAUGGAUGUAAAGCAUGGAAGAAUUGAAGCCUGUGACAUUGAUCUGCCACAGGAGUGGCUUCCUCCAGCACUGUGCAGUGAGCUGGUGAAGAGCCUUAUAGGCAGUAAGUUUUGCCCAAAUGAAACCACUGCACUGUUAAGCGCAUUGCUAAGGGCAUGUCCACAAGACUAUGAGUUGCACAGCAAGUGGAAUCUGUUAUGUGAGAAUAUGGUGACGUUAAUGUGAUUUGCGAUGUGAAAAUGACUUCUGCUUUUCUAGGUUGUUUAUUAAAAACAAAAUUAAAAGACAGAUUUCUACAA